CCGCCGACUGACACCACAUGAUUGAAAAGGUAGUCUCUAAUCCGCCUUCCUUCUUUCCUAACAAGUCAUUCUCCUACGAAGAUAUCCUAUUUCACACGUCGAUACCUGGGGAAAUUUGCAACUGCCAGGCCUGAUUCCUCCGACCACAACCUCAGCACACGGAUCUUGAAUAUCCGUCACCCCUGCUCGGGCCUCUCAGGUCGGAUCCGGGACGAUGACGUCGGAUGAGCUGUCACGCUCACAAGAAGCUCGAGAUACACACCCAGCACAGGCACAGCAGGUCUCACCGCCGGGGAGCCUCUACGCCAUGAGCGAUGAUGAGGAGGGCGAAUACAAUACCAUUACACAUACCGAGACGGGGAGGGGCGUGAAACUCCUCUAUUCCAAGAGCAAGGUUUAUAUCCACCCGACUCCUUCCUCCAAGGACAAUAUCCCCGGCUUCAUAGCCCUCCUUCAGCAGAAGCCGGGUCGCGGCGCCAGGCCCACCUCUUCCGACUCCCGAAACUCCCAGACAGUAGCCUCUUCCGACCUCUUGCUAGCAUGGCUACCCGAGUCCCAGCUGGGCGAGGCUGCCAGCACCUAUGUCAAGGUCGACCUCUCCGAUGGCGACUCCCCGCCUAAACAGUCCUACCUCGUCCCGCCCCCUCCGACAGUCACCACCCACCGUGGCUCCAUCGGCCAUUAUUCCUUUGCUAUCCCGGUCAGCGCCAUCUACAGCUUGCUUGUGCGCCCACCAAGCCUAGGAUGGUGGUUCGGGUCAGUCAUAAUCAACAGCAGGGCUGGGGACAGUUUCCCGGCCCUGUUCUUUCACGACAGCGAGUGUGAGUCGACGAUACUGCAGAAGAAGAAGCAUAUGAAGGACAAGUUUGAUCCAUUCGGGGAGAGCGGUCAGAUGUUUUGGGGUGGUGACGAGGUCCUGAGGUGGCUGAGGAGAUAUGUCAAAAUUGAAAGGAGCGAGGCCGAGCCCAACAUCUACCUUGUCGAACCCUCAACAGAAGACAGCGAGGGUUUUGGAGGCAAGCCCACAGCCAGCACGCCAUCCUCUAUCGGGCGCCGUGAUAGCAGCCGUGGCAUCACAGUGGGCGGUGCUGCUGGGGCAAAGCCAGGCUCUGCUGCUGGCUCAAGCAGGGAUGCGCAGAUGGACCCCUUCACCAAAUUUGUCAAGGAAACCGGAUGGAACAUCAUGGAAAAGUUCAGCAAGGUAACCACCUUCACCCGGAAUGCUGCCAACGACGUACUCGACAAUCCCCGGGUUCCACCGCAGGUGAGGAGCCUGCUGCGCAACCCCGAGGUCAAGACACUGCAGGAUGAAUUUGACAGUGCGAGGAUAUACCUGGCGCGAUGGGCGAUGGGCAUAGCGGAACAGAGCGAACGGGAUCGCCGCCAGAGGAUAUGGACUGCACAGGAUGUCAUGGAAAUGGAGGACACCGAUGUGGGUGAGUUCGAGCUUUUGGAGGGCACGAGCUCCUUCUCGUUGGAGGAGAGGAGGAAGCCUGUCACAUCCAAGGAAUGGGCAACAUUCUUCGACGAGAGGACGGGCAGGCUGUCCGUGACAGUGGAUGAGGUCAAGGAGCGGGUGUUUCACGGCGGGCUGGAUGCAGAGGACGGCGUACGGAAGGAAGCAUGGCUGUUCCUCCUGGGUGUUCACGACUGGCAUAGCACUGCAGCCGAGCGCAAGGCCCAGAUCGCCUCGUUGAGGGAUGCGUAUGUGAAGCUCAAAGGUUCGUGGUGGGAGAGACUUGUCGAUCUCGGCGGCCAGGGAGAGGAAGGCGAAUGGUGGAGGGAACAACGUGCGAGAAUCGAAAAGGAUGUCCACCGCACCGACCGUAAUGUCCCAAUCUUUGCGGGCGAGAACAUUCCUCACCCGGAUCCUGACUCCCCCUUUGCAGAAGUCGGCACCAACGUACACAUGGAGCAGAUGAAGGAUCUCCUCCUCACCUACAACGAGUACAACAAGGAGCUCGGCUAUGUCCAGGGCAUGUCAGAUCUGCUGGCGCCCAUCUAUGCCGUAAUCCAGGACGAUGCCAUAGCCUUCUGGGCCUUUCAGCACUUCAUGGACCGCAUGGAACGCAAUUUCCUGCGCGACCAGUCCGGCAUGCGCACGCAGCUGACCACGCUCGACCAGCUUGUUCACUUUAUGGAUCCCAAGCUGUGGGAGCAUCUCGAGAAGGCCGACAGCACCAACUUCUUUUUCUUUUUCAGGAUGCUACUGGUGUGGUACAAGCGCGAGUUCCCCUGGAUGGACAUAUUGCGUCUGUGGGAAUCCCAGUGGACGGACUACCUGACCAGCAGCUUCCACUUGUUCGUGGCACUGGCCAUUCUGGAGAAACAUCGGGACGUGAUCCUGACGCACCUCCAACACUUUGAUGAGGUGUUGAAAUACGUCAACGAGUUAUCCGGUACCAUCGACCUCGAAUCAACACUCAUCCGCGCAGAAGCGCUCUUCAGGAAGUUCAAGCGGCUCAUCGAAGCCAUUGACAAGAAGAACAACUUCCCGGCCCCUCGCUUCACCCUCAGCACGGCUGCGCCAUCAUUAUUCCCACCCCGGCCAUCACCUUCGACUACCAACAGCAGCAACAAUACCAACGACCGACCCACCACGCCCUCCGGCAGCAACGGUAGUAACCAGCAGGAUCAAGGGAACAAGGGCAAGCAGGCCGAGCCGCCAAAGAGCCCUGGCGGCCGCCAAAAGGUCAUCACCCCAGAGCUGAGGAAGCUACUGAGCAGGGAGGUGGUGGUGCUCCCGAGGAAGGAGGUCGCGCAGAAGGGCGACGGUAUCCUGUCGAAGCCUGCAGGGCGUUAAGGAUGUGCCAGCCUUCUUUACCUGGCUUUUUUUUUGGGAUUAGUAGAAACGAGCGCAUUUGGUCUCUGACGUGUACACAUACAUACUUGGGGAUGCUGCAGCAAGUAAGUCGCGUCGGCGUUGGGCUGGGAUGGUGUUACCGGAGCAUCAUGGCGGAGGUACCGGCCAUUCACUUGCUGAACAAUAAAUGCAUGUAUCCUUUCUGUCUCCUACCCACUCAUCAAUCCCAAGACCUUUGCGGCUAGGCGCUUCGGAGUAUCUGUAGGGCUGAAUCGGCGUGGUCAAUCGCGGAAACUGGUGGAGUUUGGUGGGCACCAAAGCCGUGUGCCCUUCUGCCUCCGAUGUCUCUCUUUAUCGUCACCAUAGAAAACAUUGAAACGACGUUGAUAUCUA